AGUUGUAGUUCUUGGAGCCGGAAGUGGGGGUGGCAAGGCUAGAAACCGCAGCUGAGACAGCAAUCACCGCGCCUGCUGUCAACCCGGGUGUAGUGCAUCACCCAGAGCCCACCCACCGAGGGUGCCUCCUCAGUUCCCUGGGGCUUCGGGAGCCCUGAAGGACGAAGCGGCAGGGAAGCCUCUCUUCAGAGAGGAGGCGACGUCGCAGCCCCGGAUGCGUCCAGAGGGCGCGGGAAUGGAGCUGGGCGGCUGCGAGGAGCGCUUGCCAGAGGAGAGCAGGAGGGAGCACUGGCAGCUGCUGGGUAAUUUGAAGACUACUGUGGAGGGUCUGGUGUCAGCCAACAGUCCCAACGUCUGGUCCAAGUAUGGUGGCCUGGAACGGCUUUGCAGGGACAUGCAGAGCAUCCUCUAUCAUGGGCUCAUCCACGACCAGCAGGUGUGUUACCGCCAGACUGAUUACUGGCAGUUUGUGAAGGACAUCCGCUGGCUCAGUCCCCACUCAGCCCUUCAUGUGGAGAAGUUCAUCAGCCUGCACGAGAAUGGCGAGAGCCGCGCCGACGGCGUGAGCGAGCAUGCCGUUGCCGGGCUGUGGCUGCAGCACAGCUUGCAGUGCCACUGUCUCUCCGCCCAGCUCCGGCCCCUGCUCGGGGACAGGCAGUAUAUCAGAAAGUUCUACACAGAUACUGCUUUCCUGCUAAGCAACGCCCACGUCACGGCCAUGCUCCAGUGCCUGGAAGCGGUGGAACAGAACAACCCCCGCCUCCUGGCUCAGAUCGAUGCGUCUAUGUUUGCCAGAAAGCAUGAGAGCCCGCUCCUGGUAACCAAGAGCCAGAGCCUGACAGCUCUGCCUGGAUCCACAUACACCCCUUCAACCAGCUAUGCUCAGCAUUCCUACUUCGGGUCCUUCUCUAGCCUCCACCAGUCCGUCCCUAACCACGGCUCAGAAAGAAGAUCUACUUCCUUUUCACUCUCUGGCCCUCCCCGAAAACCCCAAGAGAGCAGAGAGCACGUCUCACCAGCACAGGAUCAAGCCUUCCAAGCCCCCCUGCUUCCAGUCUCGGCAUUAGCCAGGGAUCCCCCCUCAGCCCCAGAUGAGAUGAGCUCUAGCACCCUGACCAGCCUGCUAGCAGCAUCCUGGGUCAGCGGCCAGAAUGACUCCCCCAGUGAUGCCAGCGAGGGGCCCGAGUACUUGGCCAUCGGCAGCCGGGACCCCCAAGGCCGGCCCGCCAGCUGUCAGAGCCACGGCAGCAGAGCUGAGAGCAGCACCUCCAACUCGUUCUCCUCCAGCGGCUCACAGAAGCCGGCUUCUGCUGCUUCUCCCCGAGGCGAGCAGGACGGAGGCGGGCAGGGCCAGCUGUCCAGCGGCCUUCGCAGGUCCAGCUUCUCGGAGGGGCAGACCCUCACUGCCACCGGUGGAACAAAGAAGAGCCAUACUCGCUCCCAUUCAGAUACCAACAUUGCCUCCAGAGGAGCCCCAGGAGGCCCCAGGAAUAUCACCAUUAUAGUUGAAGAUCCCAUUGCAGAAUCCUGCAAUGAUAAGUCGAAGUUGAGAGGCCCCUUGCCCUACUCUGGCCCAAGCAGUGAAGUCAGCACACCCAGCUCUCUGUACAUGGAGUAUGAGGGCGGUCAGUACCUGUGCUCAGGGGAGGGCAUGUUCCGAAGACCAUCCGAAGGACAGUCCCUCAUCAGCUACCUGUCUGAGCAAGACUUUGGAAGCUGUGCAGACCUGGAAAAGGAGAACGCCCACUUCAGCAUCUCAGAGUCCUUGAUUGCUGCCAUUGAGCUCAUGAAGUGCAACAUGAUGAGCCAGUGCCUAGAAGAGGAGGAAGAAGAGGAGGAAGACAGCGAUAGAGAGAUCCAGGAACUGAAGCAGAAGAUCCGCCUGCGUCGCCAGCAGAUCCGCACCAAGAACCUGCUCCCUGGGUACCAGGAGGCUGAGCACGGAACAGGUUUUCGGGUCACUUCUAGCAGCUCCCAGUUUAGUUCACGUGAUUCAACACAGUUCUCUGACUCUGGCUCUGCUGACGAGGUUGAUGAAUUUGAAAUCCAAGAUGGUAGCGAAGGAUCUAACCUGACUCACAUGUCAAAGAACGGACUCUCAGUGUCAAUGGCCUCGAUGUUUUCAGAUGCUGAUAUCAGAAGGAGCACAGCCUCAAACAGCAAAUCCUUCACUUCCUCCCAGUCCUUCUCUCACUGCUUCCUUCACUCCACAUCUGCGGAGGCAGUGGCCAUGGGACUCCUGAAGCAGUUCGAAGGCAUGCAGCUCCCAGCUGCCUCAGAGCUAGAAUGGCUGGUUCCAGAGCAUGAUGCCCCUCAGAAGCUCCUGCCCAUCCCUGACUCACUGCCCAUCUCACCAGAUGACGGGCAGCACGCUGACAUCUACAAGCUGCGGAUUCGUGUUCGUGGCAACUUGGAGUGGGCCCCACCCCGGCCUCAGAUCAUUUUUAAUGUUCAUCCAGCCCCAACGAGGAAGAUCGCGGUGGCCAAGCAGAAUUACCGCUGUGCUGGGUGUGGCAUUCGGACUGACCCUGAUUAUAUUAAGCGGCUGCGGUACUGUGAGUACUUGGGCAAGUACUUCUGUCAGUGCUGCCAUGAAAAUGCCCAGAUGGUCAUCCCCAGCCGGGUUCUGCGCAAGUGGGACUUCAGCAAGUACUAUGUCAGCAAUUUCUCCAAGGACCUGCUUAUUAAGAUCUGGAACGAUCCUCUCUUCAAUGUGCAGGACAUCAACAGUGCCCUCUAUAGGAAGGUCAAGCUGCUCAAUCAAGUCCGGCUGCUGCGGAUCCAGCUGUAUCACAUGAAGAACAUGUUCAAGACAUGCCGACUGGCCAAAGAACUUCUGGAUUCCUUUGACACAGUUCCAGGCCACCUGACCGAGGAUCUCCACCUGUACUCCCUGAAUGACUUGACUGCAACCAGGAAGGGGGAGUUGGGGCCCCGGCUUGCUGAGCUCACCAGGGCAGGGGCUACCCACGUAGAGCGAUGCAUGCUCUGCCAAGCCAAGGGCUUCAUCUGUGAGUUCUGUCAGAAUGAGGAUGACAUCAUCUUUCCUUUUGAGCUGCAUAAGUGCCGGACCUGUGAAGAGUGUAAAGCGUGUUACCAUAAAGCUUGUUUCAAGUCUGGAAGCUGUCCCCGGUGUGAGCGGCUGCAGGCCCGGCGGGAAUUGCUGGCCAAACAGAGCCUGGAGUCUUACAUGUCAGACUACGAGGAGGAGCCCAUGGAAGCCCUGGCCGUAGAGGCCACCGUCCUGGAGGCCACCUGAAGAAAGCACAUUAAGCCCUCUUUCCAGGGGCCAGGGUCACAUGUAAUGCAGAACUGAGCCACCUUUUUAAGGACUUUCCCCACUUGUUUUUUUUUCUCUAAUUAUUAUCCUUAUUAUUAUUUUUUUAAUGACUUGUCUAACGUCCAUGUAAAUCAACCUUCAUUAGGUUGGUGGGGUCCAGUCUGUUGUGACAAUUUGUAGGUACCGGGCAUUUUCAUCAGAACUGACACGUGAGUCCUUAUGUGAAACUUCUAGUGCCUCUGCCAGGGGAAUGGAUGGUGAGACCCAAUUCUUCUGACAUCCAUGGCCUUCUGUACUUUGACCAGAUCUGGCUUCAGCUGCAUUUCAAGUAUCAUUUCCAGUUUCAUUUUGUUUUAGUUCUGGAGCUUCUGUGUCAGGCCUUUCCCAGCCAACUCACUUCUCCUUUGCUGCUGAAAUAGGAGGAUGGAGUUUUCUCUCUCUGCCUUGGAAUAGAGUCAGACUGGGCCCGGAGGAGAAGCAGCAGGGAAUGGGACUACAUCGUGGGCAUUCUGUCCAGCUUACAUAGGUAAUUUUUGAGGCCGUAAAAACAGCAUUCUUACCUGGAAUCCUCAGAGACCUCAAGGAGGCCACCAUGACCUCCUUGUUUGAAAUAGUCUAGGCGUCGAUGAUGUCACAGACUGACUUUCUUUACCGUGGUGGGCUUGAAGCAACGAAACAGCACUGACACUUAAGCCAGGCCCCUUCGUAGCCUUCUAGCAAGCAUCAGUGAGGCUGCCACUCUGUUGUUUCGAGGGCAUUUACUCGAUCGGAGGAGUUGUUGGCCUCCUCUUACGCGAUGAGGUCUCCUUUAGUCAACCUAGCUCUGGUGCAGGUAUGAUCUUCCAAGCCCGGGCAAGUUCCUGAUGCCAUCCUAAGCUGCAGACAGAAACUCCAUCUGCUAUCUGAUUUGUGGGUCCCUUGCCACUGUGUCCUCUGUUAGAUGGUCAUUUUGGUUCUGAGUGAAAUUACGGGCCUACUCCAUUCUCAUCCCCUUCCUGCAACAUAGCUGGGACCCUCCCUGGUGGCUGAACUCUUGCCUUAGUUUCUUUUGUUAAAGUCAGUGUGGGGGCAGGGAGAUGUCUGCUAUUAGUGGGGUUAGAGAACUUGGCCAUUUGUGGGCGUGAGUGUGAGUGUGAAUGUUCCUGUGUUCUUGGGAUAACAAGAGCCUUUAUGCCUAUUAACGCACUGAACUCUGUAGCCUGGUAAUAUCCAUAUGUUCCUUCUUUUCAUGUUACUAAUUUUAACACACACAUACCUUUUCUUAAAAUGUGCAUUUUGAUGGGACCGUCAAUAUGUUUGUGGUGUUCUUUACGUUGCUGUGGCCCCUGACCCCUACCUAGAACACUGGCCGGGGGUGCUGUUCUGAGGGCUGGCAGCUCUGUGAACAAGAGCCCACAGCACUUUUUUUCUGGGACUGACUUCUUAUAUACGUAUGUUUCCAUAAUUGGUUGCUAGUAGAAAAAACUUGCUGUGGACGCUGCCCCAAGAAGCUGAACAGAAAGUAGCACGUGGUCAGUGGAAGCUGAUGAGUGGCUGAGCUGGAGGCCACCAGGAGUCUCACAGGAAGUAGAAGGGGCAGUAAAGUAAUGGCCAGAGCUGAGGCUUCACCUGGGCCGGAGGGAGCAGGGAGGAAGUGACCCACAGCGCUGGUCUCUCUGCCUCAGACUUAGGAUCAGGCCGGAAGACCCUGAGGCUGUUCUCCCUUUAGUUCGUGGGGGAGGCUCUGAAAGCCAAGGCCUCCAGCCCAGCCCGGUUUUGAGGGGCUAACUAGGAGCUCCGUUGUCCUCCGUUGGCCCCACACAACUCAAGUCUUACUAAGGGUUAGGCCUCCGAUUCGGGUUCAGGGGUUUGUAAAAAAAUGGUGAGCUGUGUCCAGUUUUGGUAUAAAUUACACAUCUAGCUCCUUACUCUUAAGUCACUACACUGGAGGAGAGAUGCACUGUCAUUAUUGUCCUGCCUGUUUUGUAUUAGCAGAGGACCAAAGGAUGGAAAAUGCUGGCAGUUUCCAAAGUUGAGCUCAACAAUCUCACAUGCUCCUGGUUUUUCACUUAUUUUUCUCUACCUUCCCCAUUCCAUCUCCUUAGAUUGCGUAUCUGUUUUAGUGACCCUGACACUCUGCUGUCAUCACUAUCCAAAUACCCAUUUAUUUAUUUAUUUGAGAGGAAAGAGAGAGAGGAAAGAGUAUGGGAUGUUUGAAAGCACUUUGCAACUUACAGCGGUAUCUAAAAACCCCCUGCUGUUGUGGGGAAAAGCUUUGAAUGCACUGAAGAGCUUUCCUUCUGAAUGAAAAGGGAGGGAAGAAGUGUUCUUUUUUAUAAAUAAAGGGAAAAAGGUUAAAAGUUUGCUUACAAGGUAGAGACAAGGUUCAAGACAUAGCAGAAGAGUGGAAGGCAGAUAUUUUCCACUUAAAUGAGGCUGUUGUUGACUUUCUCUGCCAAGGCUUUAGAGCUUUUGUUGAAUUAACAUAAAAGGAGCAAGAGUCUAAAGAGAGAUGUUCUGUUUGUGUACAACUCGUGUUCUGAACUGGAUUUCUACUCGCUGUAAUUCAUACAUAGCCCAACAGUUUAUUGUCAUCUUUAAUAAACUAAGGAAAUGAAAUUCCUGCCUUUUAUUUGUCUGCCUUGACUAUCAGGAAAUGGUAUUGAGUGUCCACUGUAAAGCAGGCAUGUAUGAAAAUUCAGGAGGUUUCUGAAUUAUAAUGCAAAGAAAACUGGACUUUCCAAGUCAGGAAAAAUGGGUGUGAGAAUGUGUUGUCACUGACUUGCUGUGUGACCUUGAGCAGAUCACUUUGCUUCUCUGGAUUUCUGUUUCUUCAUCUAUCAAAGAUAUGGGCGCUGGUCAUUACCAGUGCCCCCUACCCAUCCUCUUGAUGUGAAUAUCUUAUUUUAAAGUCAGGUGCCUGGCUGGCUCAGUCGGUGGAACGUGCGACUCUUGAUCUCGGGGUUGUGGGUUCAAGCCCCACAUUGGGUGCAGAGCAUACUUAAAAAUUAAAAAAAAAUCUUUAAAAAUGAAAGAAAAUAAAAAUAAAGUGAGGUAAAUCUUUCUCUCUACAGCAUCUAAAUUGUAUCAGAUCCUUUGGUUCUCAGUUCUGUGAACAACUUCCUCUGAGUUUCUCUUUUAUGCUCUUGGCCCAUUGGAGCUCCAGCUUCACCCUGCAACUUUCUGAACAUUUCUGCUUUGAUGUCCCUUGGUCAGCUCCCACUGAUAAUGUCUAAAACCAACAUGAAUAUAUUUCCCCAAACCUAACCAGUAGUUACCCCAGCUUGAAAAUUUGGUUGUCUUCAACUCCUUUCUCUCUGAGUCAGGUAGCAUAUUCUGCUAAUAAAGUAUUAUCUCCUUCCUACCACCUGUCAUCAAGUUCUGCUGAUUUUUCUCUUGAAAAUAAACCUACCUCAUUCUUUUUCUAUCAUUAGCACACAAAUUCGGGUUCUUUUUUUUAAUUAUUAUUUUAAAGAUUUUUAUUUAUUUAUUUGACAGAGAGAUAGCAAGAGCAGGAACACAAGCAGGGGGAGUGGGAGAGGGAGAAGCAGACUUCCUGCCGAGCAGGGAGCCCGAUGUGGGACUCGAUCCCAGGACCCUGGGAUCAUGACCUGAGCCGAAGGCAGACGCUUAAUGACUGAGCCACUCAGGUGCUCACAAAUUCAGGUUCUUAUCUUAUAUCUCAACCCUCUCUAGCCAUGCCAGUCUCUUCCUAUUUAAUCAUCCCAUCAAAUAUUUGGGUAGCUGCUGUAUGCCAGUUUCUGUGCUAGGCUCUGUGGCUAUUGCAGGGAGCAAAAUGGAGGCAAUCCCUACCUCUAGGGCGCUUAGAGUCUUGAGGGGGAGGCAGACAUUGCCCAAAAGUCACCAAAAUGAGUAUGUAAUUACAAGCUGUAAUAAGAGCUAUGAAGGAAAAGAGUAGAUGCUACUAAAUUAAAAAAAAAUAAUAAUAAUUUAGAUUGGAGACAAGGAAGGCCCCUGAUGAGGCAGCGUAGGGAGAAAAGGGCUCCAGAUGAGGACCGGCAUGUGUUGGUGCCGAUACAUGAGGGGUUUGGGCAAGGAGCUGCAAAAAGGACUGAACUGCAAAUUUUAGCUUUUAUUCUUAUAACAUUGGAAAGCCAUCGAAGAGUUUUAGUCAGAGGAGUGACUCAUCUGGUUAAAAUGUCAGUGUGUACUUUUCAGAGAAUAAAUAGAGUAAAGCAAGAGUAGAAGCAGUGGGAUCUUCUAGAGGGUUGGCUGCAGCGAUUCAAGAGAGAAAUUAUGUUGAGUUGGACGAGGGUGUGGAAUAUUGUCAUCACUGUCCGCUCAUCACCCCGGACGUCUGAAAACAAGAUGCAUUCCAGGGGCGCCUGGGUGGCUCAGUCAGUUAAGCGGCUGCCUUCGGCUCAGGUCAUGAUCCCAGGGUCCUGGGAUCGAGCCCCGCAUCGGGCUCCUUGCUCAGCAGGCAGCCUGCUUCUCCCUCUGCCUCUGCCUGCCGCUCCCCCUGCUUGUGCUCUCUCUCUAUCUCUCUCUCUGUGUCAAAUAAAAAUAAAUAAAAUCUUUAAAAAAUAAUAAUAAAAAAAAAUGAAAACAAGAUGCAUUCCAAAUGUUCUACAGUGACUCGGGCAUUUUAAAUCAGUGGAACGAAAGGCUGAGGGGCAAGAUAUUGGAAAGAUACUGGGAGAAAUGACAGAACACAAGAAAAUUAGCAACUAAGUCCCAGGAAGUGCAGAGACCAGGACAGCCCUAGGAACCCUAGGUUGCAGGAUUUGCAAACCCCUUGAGCCUGCUGCCAGUGAGGCAGGCCCAAGAGUAGUGACUGUGUUGGGGACUCACCCCAGAGUAUUAGGGCACACCCCAAAGAAAGGGGAGCUGUGAGCUGGGCAGUCAUCCACUGUGACCUUGACUGUUAUUCAUCAUUCCCUGUGGCCCCAAGCAUGUGUAGAUUUGCUAUACCCUCUAAUGGUAUAAAGAGUAGGCACAGUCUUUAUAGCAUCUUGGUUAAAGUGAGGCCCAAGCCUGCUUCCUUUUUCCUAUGAACUUCUGGCUUAGAGUAUGGGGAAAAGGGAUCACUAUGCCCACCCUAUCCUGCUGACUCUUCCGCACUGAUCAGCUACAGUCUUCUCCCAUAUCCAGUCUCCAGGAUAUCAAACUGCUUGCUUAAAAUUUUAGGGAUAGCAGCUGCCAGAUGGCCCACGCUCACCCAUCGCGAGCUUAAUGUUCUUGGGAUCAAAGACGAAUGUGAUUAAAAAGGAAAGGGAAUCUGCUUAGCACUACUCCUUUAGGAGUAUGGAGAACAUGAGGCUGUGUUUUACGUAUACUCUUGUCUCCCCCUUUUCUGUGAACUGCUUCUGGAGGCUUUGGAGGGACAUCAGAGACUUAGUCGUUAAUUUCCCAUGGAUUCUGUCAGGUAUCCCAGUAUCAUUACAGUGUCUUAAUACCAGACCAGCAAGGUGAGGGUUAGUGGGUUAAAAUAAAUCUAGAGUGGUGGCAGGGCUCUUAGGUAGGUGAGAGUUUUAGUGACCAGCCUCCUGAGGGGCUGCAGCAGACCAGCAGGAUGCAAGUCUGUGACAGCGCAGCACGGCACAGAUGACCUGAAACCUUCCGACAGCUUUGUCACCCUAGGUCCUGUCCUUUUCUCUCACCGCGCUGGCAGUGUCGCACUUGUUUACCUUUCAAACAGUGAUGUUGGUAGUUCUCAACUGGUUUUCUCUUGCCAGUGGCCAGGGCAGGAACAGAAGCCAGCCUCCCAGCUUCUGCCCCAGUCCACUGUCUCCAAAGGCGGCCCACAACGGCUUCGGCACUAGCAGCGAAGAGGGCGAGACAAGCAAGUAGAGGGCACUUUUCUCUCCUUUCCCUCCUCCCCUCCUAGCCUUUGCCACUUAAAAUCUGAGGAAAGAAAUUCAGCCUGGAUGCCAACAACAGGUCUCCCUGCGCAACGGACUAAAACAAGAUUCGUAAUUUCUCCCUUAAUCACUGGAAGCCCCACAACCACAGAUCUAACUAAAAGAAAGUCCUGACACGGUGAAAAGCAGGAAUGAGGCCCACAGAGGAAAAGGGAAUGAAAGAGAGCUGCUUCUCUCUCUUUCUCUUUUGUUUAUUCAAUAGUAUUUAAUUUCUAAUACAUUCACAUGCUUAAAGUCCACAAAAAAGUAUACAGCGAAAAGUCUCCCAUUUCUAUAGCCAUGUGCCCAAUUUUUGCCUCACCCCCUUUGGUAGCCCCUCAUUACUUUUCCAUUUAUCCUAGAGAGUUUCUUUAUGGAAAUAGAAGCAAAUAAUAUAUACUUUUUAUUCUGGGGCUCCUGGGUGGCUCAGUCAGUUAAGCGUCCGACUCUUGGUUUUGGCUCAGGUCAUGAUCUCAGGAUGCUGAGAUCGAGCUCCACGCUCAGCAAGGAGUCUGCUUGAGAGUCUCUCCCUCUGCCCCCUGCCCUCUCUCUCUCUCUCUCAAAUAAAUAAAUAAAUCUUUUUUUAAAAACCCAAAGUAUAUACUUUUUUUAAAAAAGGUUUUAUUUAUUAGAAGGAGAAGGAGAGAGAGCACACAAGCGGGGGUGGGGGGGGGAAGGAGCUGCAGAGGGAGCGAGAGAAGCAGACUCCCUGCUGAGCAGGGAUCUGGACUCGGGGCUUGAUCCCAGGACCCUAAGAUCAUGGCCUGAGCUGAAGGCAGUUGCUUAACUGACUGAGCCACCCAGGCACCCCCAAGAUACACACUUCUUAUUCUUCACCCUUUUAAAAAAUUGGCGUAUUAUAUAUACAUUUAUGUACCUUGCUUUUUUUUUUUUAAACGAUAUCUUAAAAGAAUUUUCUUUAUCAGUACACAAAGAGUUUCCUUAUUCUUUUUUAUAGCGGCACGUUUUCCAUACUUGAUUCAACCAGUUACCUCUUGAUGGGCAUUUAAGUUCUCCCAUCUAUUGUUAAUACAAACAAUGCUGCAAUGAAAAACCUGGUCAUACGUUAUUUUAUAUGGGUGCAAGUGUAUCUGUAGGAUCAAGUCCCCACAGUGGAACAACCAGCACGAAAGGUGCGUGCAUUUGUAAUUUUGGUAAAUCUUGCCAAAUUGCCCUCCACAGUGGGGAUGAAGAGAGUGAGGCAGGGGAGGGAUGGAAAACAUUACUGUGAGGUCACACUCCUCUGCCUAAAACUCACCACUCUUUCUCUCUGCAAGAUGAAGUUUGGUUCCUUCCCCAGGCACAUGUAGGAUCUUCCAUCCAUGGCCACACUUUAGCUUCCUCAUUUCACCUCCUCCUAUUCCCUGAACGACUAGCGGUUUCCCAACUACACCUUUAUCCUUCUUCCUUUGAAGAGCUAACUCAGCUUCAUCCUGGUUUUCUCUGAUCUAUUCUGUACCCAUCCUGUGUGAGCCCUUACUUAGCACUCUCUCCGUGCCUCUUGUUAGAACACUUCGCACACAGUCUUAUUAUUUAGCAUUUUCUCUAAUAGCACAACAGACAAGUGAAUGAAUGGGAUGAAUACAUGAAUGGCCAGGUGGCCAUUGGAAUGUAAGGACUGCCUGUUCUACACGGGAACAAGAAUGAUCAGAAGUACACUGUGGGACAAGGGCCAGGAUUGUUCUGACUUUACCUCUGAUUACCACACCUCUUAGCUCUCUUACUCCUUGGCACCAAAUCUCUGCAGUGGUUACUUUCCUAAAUCUUAGUGUGAUAAAAAUAGACGCAUCUCCCUUCUCUUCCCUCAGCUACUUUGCAACUGUUUGUUUUGUUUUGUCCAGCAGCCAUUAUCAGGGAAGGUAACAUUCCAAAUGUCCUUUACUCACUUUAUUAUUAAACGGCCAGGCUUUCCUUUCCAGGGACUAAGCUGGGAGACAGGAUGAUAUUUAGAUGCCCUAAAAACACCCUAGGAAUUUAAAAAUCUUCAUGUCUACAAGGUAAGCUGAGAGAAGAAUGAUAAAACCACGUGAAAAACUGCAGAAGCUGUUAAAAUGUCCAAACAAUUUCCAACUAGAGAUAGAAAAAUAGCUUACAGUACAAAAUCUUACUUGUCCUAAGAUGCGUUGUGUAUUGUUACAAAGUAGUUAUGGUUCACACAAAGUCAAAGCCUGAUUUCCAGCAAGUUCUCAAGCUUCUCUUCCCAACAUUUAACGUAGGCUUGAGAUCUACAUAGGCUAAGCUCAAGAACACUGUUCAAAAGGGGGAAAAAAGAAUGCCAGACCAGCAUCCAUCCAUCCAUCCAUAUAUACAUACAUAUAUCCUAAAUAAACUUACUAUGUUUCUGUCUACCAGACAUCAAUCAUGCCAGAGCUUAAAUACAAUCAUAGAACAUUGCUUCAAAAGGUGUUAGCUGCAGCAUAAUUUAUAAGAGUUCAAAGUCAAUGGAACAUAUCCCCAAAUAGAUGCAACCAUUGUAAAGACCAUGAUGGUAACAGAGAAAAAAAAAGCUUAAAACACAAUGUUUUAUUGAAACAAAGGGAGAAAAUAAUAUGUCAAAUAUACAUGAAUCUUUACUGAUAUAUAUAAGUGAUAGAAUAAAUAAAUAAGAGACAAAUCUUUUUUUUUUUUUAAGAUUUUUUUUAUUUAUUUGACAGAGAGAGACACAGCGAGAGAGGGAACACAAGCAGGGGGAGUGGGAGUGGGAGAAGCAGGCCUCCUGCAGAGCAGGGAGCCCGAUGCGGGGCUCAAUCCCAGGACCCUGGGAUCAUGACCUGAGCCGAGGGCAGCUGCUUAACGACUGAGCCACCCAGGCGCCCCAGUAAGAGACAAGUCUUACAGAAGAUUUGUCUUCUCCUGGAGAGGAGAAGCUUAAUCCUCUCUUCCCUUGAAGAUGGAUUAGAAUUAGUGAUUCACUUACAAAGGAAAAAAAAAAGGGGGUUGGUGCCUGCAUGGCUCAGUCAGUUGGGCGUCCAACUCUUGAUUUCAGCUCUGGUCAUGAUCUCAGGGUUGUGAGAUCGAGCCCAGUGUCAGGCUCUGUACUGGGCAUGGAGCCUGCUAGAGACUCUCUCUCCCUUUCCCUCUGCCCAUCACCCCCACCCCACUCGCACUCUCUCUCUCUCUCAAAAAAAAAAAAAAAAGUAUGGAAAGAGAAAAGAGCAAGUUUAUAAUGGAGAAACCUGGCCAAUACUACCUUAACCAAGUGAUGAAGGUGAAUACCACCAGUGAUGUCAUGUGGAUAUUAUGCAUCCUGGAUAUAAUGUGAUGAGAAGGGCACAUCACUUCUGUGGUAUUCUUUCCAAAAACUCAUAACCUCAAUAUAAUCAUGAGAGAAACGUAAGACAAACCCAAUUUGAGGACUUUCUACAAAAUAGCUGACCAGUACUCCUCAAAACUGGCAAGGUCAUGAAAAACAAGGAAAGACUGAGAAACUGCCACACACCCGAAGAGCCUAAGGAGACACGAUUAAAUACAAUGUUCCAUCCUGAAUUGGAUCCUGAAAGAAAAAAAAAACAUCAGCAGCAAAACUGGUAAAAUCUAAAUAAAAUCUAAAGUUUGAUUAAAUGUAAUGUAAAAAUGUUGGUUUCUUAGUGUUGAAAAAUGUAAGGUGGUAACAUUAGUGAAAACUGAAAUUUUCAAGAACUCUCACUAUCUUUGCAACCUUUCUGUAAGUCUAAAAUUAUUCAAAAAUGAGAAGUUUAUAUAUAAAAAUAUAUAUAUACAUAAGGAGUGCGCUUGUGAUGAGUACAAGGUGUUGUAUGGAAGUGUUGAAUCACUAUAUUGUACACCUGAAACUAAUAUUACGCUGUAUGUUAACUAACUGGAAUUUGAAUAAAAACUUUUUUUUUAAAAA